GCAAUGAAUAAAAGCAAACGGCACAGCGUGAAAUGGCUCAGUUUCAGUGGAACUGCCGGCGGUAACGCGUGGAAAACGAGAAAUAAAUAAUAGAAAAUAUUAAAAUAUAAUACAAAAUAAAAUAAGAUAAUGCAUAAAUAGAAAAUAAAAAUAACAAAAACAAAAACACAACAAUAACAACAAAAAACGAAGAGAUAAUUUUUUGUUUGUGUUUUCGCUUGUUUGAGAAAAAGUGAUAAAAAAAACACUGACGUAUUGGUGGCAGCCAAGCAGUAGCCGUCGCAGCAGCAGUUGUAGUACUCUAGUAGUAGCAGUGUGUGUAUAGAAAACAACAAACAAAUAUUUUUGAGAAUAUUUAUAAAUACAACAACAACAAAUACAAAUGUAUAUUAAAUUUAAGAUUAUAAAUAAAAAAAUAUUUUUGAAUACAAAAAUAAAUAUAUCUAAAUGAUAAAUUAAAAGGCAAAUAAAGUGAUGCGCAGCAUUAAAAAGUAAAAAAAAUAUAAAAUAAAAUAAAAAAAGUGGAUGACUUUGUUCUAAGCUUUUAUUGAGUGUAUAUAUAUUGCUAGAUAUUUAUAUAUAUGUACAACUGAGAGAAAACAAAAAUUGCAAAUAAAUUAAACAAGUGUGUGGUAGAGUAAAGUGGGUGCGACAGCAGUGAGUUAUGACGCCUUAAAAGUUGGAAGCACAACAAACACAACAAAAAGAAGAAACAAACAAAUAGCAAAGAAAUAAAAAUACAAAAAAAUACAAAAACAAAAAAAUAAAAAAAAACGAACAACAAAAACAAUAACAAAUCGAAAUCGAAAGAAUUUGCAGUGACAAGAAGUUGGAGUGAGGCGCAAGGCAAAGUAUUUGUGCGACUGUGUGUGCGUCUCUCUAUGUAUGUAUUCGCAAACACACAAACCAACAAACACUCGACUCCAAAGGGCGACAGCCGUCGGCUUUAUAACGUAUAGUGGUGUAGUGCAAUAACUUGCGGCGCGACGCGUUGCUGAUGUGGUGCUGCCCACCGCUGCUGAUGAACUAAGCUUAACCAAUUUCCCUUUCAAUAAUGGCCGAAAUAAUAGCUUCAAUUGUAAAUAAGUAAAGUUUCAAGUGUAAGUGUUAAGUUAGCUGCGGUUACAGUUCAGCCAGAAUAUCGGCUCGCAAAAAUCAUUCGAAAUUGUAAGGAAAUAAUCAGAAGAGGCACAAUGACCGCCACAUCACAUAAAUGGGACAAAUUGUCGCCGCGCGAAUUUCAACAGCUCCAGGAAUUGGCGUCAUAUUCAACGAGAAAGCUACAGGAUGUGCUGCAGGAUUUUUGUGCACCACAUGCCUCACCCAAAUUCAAUCCCGAUGGGGACAUUGACUACGAUGGCUUUCGCAGCUUCCUCGAUGCCUUUCUCGACUGCGAGACACCAGUCGACUUGGCCAAACAUCUAUUCGUUUCCUUCCUCAAGCCGAAUGUCACACAGUCGCAGCUGCACGGCAAGGCGAUCAAUCAGAUGGCGGCCAUUAGCAGUACGACGGCGUGUGCUGCUGUCACAUCGCAUACGAAGGGCUCCAUACCGAAUAUCAAUAACAUUGCUGAAAUUGCAGCACCGUCAGCGGCGAGUGAGGCGCGCCACACUUUUGUCGAGAAGAUACAUGGCAUCACCGAUAAGCUGCAUUCAUUGAGCGGCCAUUUGACACAACAUGAUCCCAGCAAGACGGGAAGCGUCCAUCCCAUGGUAACAGUUACGCCCAGUCCACUCGCCAGUGGUCCCUCCAUAUUCCAGAGCAGCGCUGCGGCGCGUCGUUCCGUCGAUUCGAGUCCAUCGCAUUCGCAAGCGAAUCACUCACAGAUGUCACGUAACUCAUCAAAGAAGAGCAACAAUUCGGUUAAUUGCAAAAUCGAUACUGAUAUCAAACUUUUGGCACGCAAGCUUUCACACUUUGAUCCGUUGACGCUGAAAGUGCCGCUCAAGGAUGUCGUCUGCUAUUUGUCAUUGCUGGAAGCUGGACGACCGGAAGAUAAACUUGAAUUUAUGUUUCGUCUGUACGAUACCGAUGGCAAUGGUGUCCUGGAUACCGCCGAAAUGGAUGCGAUUGUUAAUCAAAUGAUGGCUGUCGCCGAAUAUCUUGGUUGGGAUGUUAGCGAAUUGCGGCCGAUUCUACAAGAUAUGAUGGUGGAAAUUGACUAUGAUGCCGAUGGCACUGUUUCACUGGAAGAGUGGCAACGUGGUGGCCUGACGACCAUUCCACUGCUCGUACUCUUGGGCGUUGACAAUACGGCACUAAAGGAGGAUGGCAUUCAUGUGUGGCGCUUAAAACAUUUCAGUAAACCGGCAUAUUGUAAUCUCUGCCUGAAUAUGUUGGUCGGUUUGGGCAAAAAGGGUCUCUGCUGUGUGUUAUGCAAAUACACCGUACACGAACGUUGCGUGCAACGCGCUCCACCGUCCUGCAUCACCACCUACGUGAAAACAAAGAAAGCCAAAGGCGGUGGCGAUAUGUUGCAUCACUGGGUCGAUGGCAAUUGCUAUGGCCGCUGUUCCAAGUGUCGCAAACGUAUUAAGGCAUAUCACGGCAUCACCGGGCUGACGUGUCGCUGGUGUCACAUGAUGCUUCAUAAUCGUUGCGCCUCGUCGGUGAAAAAAGAAUGUACUCUGGGUGAAUAUGCGGAUUUAAUUAUACCGCCAACGGCCAUCUGUCCGGCGGUCUUGGAUCGCCAGCGUUCGGUAAAUCAAGCGAAUAAAAAAUCGCAAAUCAAUCAUCAGGCCACGCAUUUUCAAAUUACACCGCCGAAUGAGAGCAGCUGUCCGUUGCUGGUAUUUGUGAAUCCGAAGAGUGGCGGCCGGCAAGGUGAUCGUAUAUUGCGAAAAUUUCAGUAUAUGCUCAAUCCGAGGCAGGUGUAUGAUCUCUCGAAAGGUGGACCGAAAGAAGGUUUAACGUUAUUCAAAGAUAUGCCGAACUUCAAAGUGAUCUGUUGUGGCGGUGAUGGCACUGUUGGUUGGGUACUUGAAGCAAUGGAUUCCAUUGAACUUGCCACACAACCAGCCAUUGGCGUCAUACCACUGGGCACCGGCAACGAUUUGGCGCGCUGCUUACGCUGGGGUGGCGGCUAUGAAGGUGAAAACAUACCCAAGUUAAUGGACAAAAUUAAACGUUCAUCUAUUGUAAUGUUGGAUCGUUGGAGUAUUGAAGUGACAAAUGCGGCGCCUGUAGCGGAAAUACUGCGACCAAAGGUCACGCUCCACUCGAAUAUGCAGAAAGUGAUUGAGCUCUCGCAGAGUGUUGUGGUCGAAAAGGCGCUUUUCGAGAAAUUCGAGGAGUUCCACCGCAGCACCAGCGUUUGCACGAACAUGUAUGGCGGCGGCAGCAGCAACAGCGGCGGCAGACAGGAGCACAUGACCACAACGGCAUCGACAUCAUCGAUGAGCUCGUCGAUUACCACAGCGACCGAAUAUGCCACCGAUGCGGUUGGUGGUGGUGGUGGUGGCACCGGCAUGCGUGGUACGAGUGUCGGUGGUGGUGGUGCAGGUGGAGGUGGAGGCGGCAACUGUGGCGUAGGCCGCGCAACCAAAAGCAUAUCAAUGUCGACAUUCGAAACAAAGCGUACACUGACAACACUCAGCAAUAGUAGCAGCAGUUGCAGCAGCACCAGCACAAUUAUUCGACAACAAAAGCAACAGCAGCAGCAAGAGCACGAGGAACAGGAGCGCCAAAGGGAGAAGCGUGAACGAACGCAAUCAGAAGACUUGCAAUCACCUGGCACACCGCAAAAGCCGGAAAUGGCUGAAAGCGUCGAUGGCGAUGCAAUUGAUGAUGACAGCAGUAACAACAACAACAACAACAACAACAGUAGCAACAGCAAAAAUGACAACAAUGACAACGCUGACAAUAGUGGUACGACGAAUCUCAUUGAAGAACAUCAUGCAAUACACGCGCCUGUGUUGGUGGCGACGACGGCGUCAGCAGACAUUCCAAAUAAUCCAGUAGCUGAGCAGAAAAUCGAAGCGGGAACAACCGCAACUGCAGAACAAUUACAAACACCUCCUAGCGCGAUAAGCAUAUCAACACCAACACCAACAGAAACAGAAAUAGCAAAUACUGCACUCGGCACAACAUCGAUGAAUGCGACCGCCACCGUUCUCUCCGCUGACACCACUGCCCCCACCAUGCCCAUUAGUCACAUUAGCAACGAGGUAGCGCACACCGCUUCGACGACAGAGUUAUCGACUGUUGCCGCUGACAGCUCGACAGUGCCAAACACGCCAUUGUCACCGACAUCGCCAACAUUACCGACCUUUUUGACAUCGUCUAAAUCUUCUCCGGCGCAUUCUCCCCCCGCCACCGCAACAGCGCCGGAAACAUUAGCAGCAGAUGCCGAACCCACAACCCCAUCAGCAUUGACUUCGUCCGGCAGCAGCAGCGCUGCAGCGAAAAGUCAGACUGUCAUAUCGCUGCCGAAACAGAUUAAAGUACAGCCGGAAAAAGAUUGCACAGUGCCCUACAAUAUCAUCAACAAUUACUUCUCAGUGGGUGUGGAUGCAGCAAUCUGCGUUAAAUUCCACUUGGAGCGCGAGAAGAAUCCACACAAAUUCAAUAGUCGCAUGAAGAACAAGCUGUGGUACUUUGAAUAUGCUACUUCAGAAACAUUUGCGGCGUCAUGCAAGAAUCUGCACGAGAAUAUCGAAAUUGUGUGCGACGGUGUCUCACUAAAUUUAGCCAAUGGUCCACAUCUGCAGGGUGUUGCCUUGCUAAACAUUCCUUACACACACGGCGGCUCGAAUUUGUGGGGUGAACAUUUGUCACAGAAACGCAUACGCAAAAGCGCUGGUCCAUUCCGUAAAGGGAAGAAACUGAAAUCUUCGGAUAAAGAACUCUCCGCGACAAGCUUUGCUUCUGUCGACUUAUCAGUAGCAACGCAAGAUUUCGGCGAUCGCCUCAUAGAAGUUAUUGGUUUGGAAAAUUGUCUGCACAUGGGUCAAGUGCGCACCGGUCUGCGCGCCUCCGGUCGACGUUUGGCGCAGUGUAGUGAAGUCGUUAUUAAGACUAAGAAAACAUUUCCUAUGCAAAUCGAUGGUGAGCCAUGGAUGCAGGUACCUUGCACGAUAAAAGUCACACAUAAGAAUCAAGUUCCUAUGCUAAUGGCACCACGUUCCGAAAAGGGUAGAGGCUUCUUCAAUUUACUCUGCAGCUGAUUUCGGCGGAGCGUUUCCGCUAGUAGUUCCAUAGCGCAGCCACUAAUGGAACGACACCAACAACAA